CACUACGGGCAGUGGCGGUCGGGGCAUGACGCUGGACCCAGAGCCCAGGCCUGUGGAGAGAGGCUGGACAGGAGAACUGGCCAGAGGAGUCAACGAUGAGAUUGGCCUGGUCACCGGGAACCACAUCCGAGAAGCCAAGGAUUCCCCUGCCUUCAGAAAUCAGUGCCGAGCUUCAGCCCCCAUCAGGUCAGGCCAGGAAAGUGGUCUGCAACAACGAAAGGAGUAUUACGUCAAAGGAAGAUACCUGAGGAGCUCCCCCCACCCCGAGCUCGAGGAGGACACAGAAGAUGAGCAUGAGGAGCAGGACAGCUCUGCAAACUUGAGCUGGGUGAUUGAGAAUCCCAUAAGCACUGAGGUCCGUCUGCUGGGCCACCCAGGAAGCCCCAUUCAGGAUCACAAGGCCACCAAGGACCGCCUGAAAGUGACAGUGACAAAAUCGCAACCUGGUACCGCCCUGUCCUCCAAAGACAAUGGGUCCAGAUCAGAGUCAGGCUGGUGUCGGUCAGUGCCUGGUAUCCAAGGGGCUCACCUGGCAGAGGCCAGAAAGCUUGGAGAGGCAGCCUGGGAGCCACGGGAAGUCCCCACGCCAAAACCGAAGCAGACGUGAGCCUGGGCGGGUGGGGGGCAAGGGGGCCGCCUGAACCAGCCCCGGAGAGAGGGCCUGAAUGGGUGGGUUCCAGGGAGUUUCAGGGUCACGUGGGCCAGAUCUCCCGCCUCCUGCAAGGAAGCCAGUAACCCAGUCAUCUCUCCCCAGAUGAAACCCUGCGUCUUCAAUGGACACAAGAGGGGGAAGCCAAACGAUGGAAAAUGUAGCCAGCUGGGGAUGGGGUGGGUCCCAGCCUCCCCCUGCCCACUGUCCUCAAGGUGGACAAUAAAGAAAAGUGCGGGAGUCUGGGUGCUCCGAGUCGAGUCGUUGGCCCUGCCUGGGCCUGCUCAGCCACAGAGGAGAGGGGCGGAGGGAAGGACGUCUGCAUACAGGAAACCACACAGCAGGCAGAGGAGCGGAGAAGAAAGCUUGGAACAGCCUGGGGCACUGGACUCAGGGAGGGCCUGGGAGGCCCAGAAGACCCCCCCACUGCAGCAGGGGGACGGUGGUUGGUGGGACCCCAAAACCACGAAUGUACCAAUGUCCUCUCUAAUUCCUACGACAUCUCUGGGCGGGGCGGUGGGGGGGGAGGUUGUCAUGCCCAUCUUCCAGAUGAGGAAACUGAGGAAUCAGAGAGCUUGCCCAGGGUCACACAGUCUCUGAGUGACAGAAUCAGGACUGGAGCCUGUAUCUGCCAGUCACCCCCAGCCCCCAGCACGGCUAAAGGAGAAAAAAUCGGGGAAGGGGACUCUGGUAAGAAGGGGACUGCAGAUAGUCUGUGUGGGUGGGGCUGUGGCUUUUCCGCCUGGCCCCGCCUCUGCCCCUCCCAGUACUGCCUGCAAGUGUGAGGUGAGAGCUCCUCCUUGCACACCCCUAACCCUUAGGGAAGGGAUUGAGCCCCCUCCCCCACCCCCAGGCUCUCCCCAGGAGAGGACCCCCCCCCCACUCCUCCUCACCAACCCCUCCUGGGGCAGGGAGCGCUUCCCCCUGCAGCCCCUGCCCGUCUGACCCCCCCGUGCAGCAGAGCAAGA